UCUCCUCUAGCUCUGGGAUUGUACACAGUAAAUGCAGUAUAUGGAGAUACUAUUACUAUGCCUUGUCCACUAGAAGUACCAGAUGGUCUUAUGUUUGGAAAAUGGAAAUAUGAAAUGCCAAAUGGAUCUCCAGUAUUUAUUGCCUUCAGAUCAUCAACAAAAAAAAAUGUACAGUAUGAUGAUGUGCCAGACUACAAAGACAGGUUGAGUCUCUCAGAAAACUUUACAUUAUCCAUCAAGAAUGCAAGAAUCAGUGAUGAAAAGAGAUUUGUAUGUAUGCUAGUCACAGAAGAUGAUGUUUCCGAAGAGCCGACGAUAGUCAAAGUCUUCAAACAACCCUCUCAACCAGAAAUCUUACAUCAAGCAAACUUCUUAGAAACAGAGAAGCUACAAAUGCUUGGGGAGUGCGUUGCGAGAGAUAGUUAUCCCGAAGGCAAUGUUACGUGGUACAAAAAUGGGAGGAUUUUACAGCCUGUGGAAGAUGUUGUGGUCAUAAAUUUGCAAAAAGAUGUGGAUGAAUCAACUGGACUCUUCACCACGACAUCAUCUCUUGAGUAUAUGCCAACAAAGGAAGAUGCAAAUGCCAUGUUUUCUUGCAUUGUGACUUAUUAUGGACCAUCUGGCCAGAAAACAAUACAGUCUGAACCAGUUGUCUUCGAUGUUCACUAUCCAACAGAGAAGGUGACUAUUCAAGUGCUGUCACAAAGUAGUACCAUUAAAGAAGGCGAUAAUAUCACUCUGAAGUGCUCAGGAAAUGGCAACCCUCCUCCACAGGAGUUCCUGUUUUACAUUCCAGGAGAAACAGAAGGUAUAAGAAGCUCAGAUACCUACGUAAUGACAGAUGUGAGACGAAAUGCAACAGGAGAAUACAAGUGCUCUCUGACUGACAAAAGCAUGAUGGACUCGACCACCAUCACUGUGCACUAUUUGGAUUUGCAGCUUACUCCUAGUGGAGAAGUCAAAAAACAGAUUGGAGAGGCCCUGCCUGUGUCAUGCACGAUUUCUUCUAGUAGAAAUGCAACUGUGUUUUGGAUAAAGGACAACACCAGGAUGCAAACAAGUCCAUCAUUUUCAAGUCUUCAGUAUCAAGAUGCUGGGAACUACGUCUGUGAAACUACUCUACAGGAGGUCGAAGGAUUAAGGAAAAGACAGACACUUAAACUAAUUGUGGAAGGAAAACCUCAAAUCAAAAUGACAAAGAAAACCAACACAAAUAAAAUGUCUAAAACAAUUAUCUGCCAUGUGGAAGGUUUCCCCAAACCAGCAGUGCAAUGGACAGUCACUGGCAGUGGAAGCAUCAUAAAUAAAACAGAGGAGACAAAAUAUGUUAAUGGGAGAUUUUCCAGUAAAAUUGUAAUUGCUCCUGAAGAAAAUGUGACCUUAACUUGCAUUGCAGAAAAUGAGCUAGAAAGGACUGUGACCUCCUUGAAUGUCUCUGCAAUAAGUAUUCCAGAAUAUGAUGAGCCCGAGGAUAGAAAUGAUGACAAUAGCGAAAAGGUUAAUGACCAGGCAAAGCUAAUAGUGGGGAUUGUGGUCGGUCUUCUGCUGGUUGCUCUGGUUGCAGGUGUUGUCUACUGGCUCUAUGUGAAGAAAUCAAAGACAGCAUCAAAACAUGUAGACAAAGAUCUUGGAAAUAUAGAAGAAAACAAGAAACUAGAGGAAAACAAUCACAAAUCUGAAACUUAAGAUGUGUCAGUCAUCAUUCCAGAGAGUACAUAUAGACCAAUUGAAGCAUGAACGUGGAUUGUAUUUAAACAUAUACAAAGAAGUGACAGCUAUUCAUGGGUCAAGUAUUAAGCAGAUCAUACUACCAAGUUUUCAAAGGAUUUUAGACACAAUUAUCUCAAGCUAAAAAUAAAACAAAACCCCACAAACUAAUUUUGGCUACAGCCAUGAUAAUAGGUCACCAUGUUGUGUUCUGUUUGAAAUAUUUUUUUGUAAAUGUCUGCACUGAAGAUUUCUUUUUGUUUGCCUUUAUGUAAAUUUUUUACGUAGCUAUUUUUAUACACUGUAAGGCUUUGUUCUGGGAGUUGCCGUUAAUCUGAUGUAUAGUGUAAUGGUUUUAUUUCAAUUGUUUUUAUGACACCCUUUGAGCAGGUACAUGUCUAAUUCUGGUUGUUAUCAGUGAAGCCUCUGCUUUGUAGCAAGUACCUAGAGUGUAAGAUUGUCUUAAA